GAUAUUUUUCCACAUCUAAUACGAUCGCGUACUGAAAAAUUGCGAGUCGAUUUAAUUAAUCAGUGCGCAUGCGUGGAUUCGGCAAUGAAAAUUACAGAAUUAGUUUUGCCUAUAUCCAAAUGUGCAUUUAAUUUGUGAUGAUUUAAACUGAAAAUCAAUAUAGAUACUAUUAACUCGAUCAUUCGAUUUCGGUCCCUAUACAAUAGUCGAAGAGUGGCAACCGUAUAAUGGUUUAUCCCGAAGAACCUUUUUGGGCAUUGCCAAUGGUAUCCGGAUUAUAUGAAGAUAGAGAUUACAGGGUUAAUGUCGUCGAAGCAUUACAGGAGUUUUGGCAAAUGAAACAGACGCGAGGCGUUGAGCUUAAGAAUGGAGCGCUUGUAAUUUACGAAUCGAUUCCAUCCAAUAGCCAGCCUUAUGUAUGCUUUGUAACAUUACCUGGUGGCAGCUGUUUUGGAAGUUUUCAAAAUUGUCCAACUAAGGCAGAAGCAAGACGAAGUUCAGCGAAAAUUGCACUGAUGAACUCGGUAUUUAAUGAACAUCCAUCUCGCCGAAUUAGCGAUGAGUUUAUUGAAAAGGCAGUGCAAGAUGCACGUGCAUCAUUCAAAGGAACUCCCCAAAACAAUGAAUUACCCGAAUCCGGAAUUGGCGCUUUCAGGUUCAUGCUUGAAGCAAACAAGGGUCGAACAAUGUUGGAAUUCCAAGAACUGAUGACCGUCUUCCAGCUGCUACAUUGGAAUGGAUCAUUGAAAGCUAUGCGAGAACGGCAGUGCUCAAGGCAGGAGGUUGUAGCUCAUUACUCUAACCGUAGUCUUGAUGACGAGAUGCGUGCCCAAAUGGCCUUAGACUGGAUAGCUCGCGAGCAAGAAAAUCCUGGGGUUCUUAGAAGAGAGCUGGUCCUCGCCGAGCGCGAGCUGGAAACGGCACGAAUGGCUGGGCGGGAAUUGCGUUUUCCCAAGGAGAAAAAGGAUAUAUUAAUGAUAGCUCAUAAUCAAUUGGGAGGAAGCAACUUGGGUGCCACAUCCAUUGAGAACUAAACCGCAGACUGUUUAUUACAAUUUGGUUAUUUAAACAGUAUACAUUCCAUCCUUAGUCUUAACAUCAUUAACAAAGUAAUCAUCAGCAAGUAAUCGACGACAUUAAGCUUUCAGAUAUAACCCGUAUUCAACAAAAUCGUACAGAUUAUUUUAUUGGCAUACCAUAUGAUCUCGAGUUCUGUUAAAUCCGUUAAAGCUCAUUUAAAGAAAAAUCAGGAAAACAUCACUAACGUUGUGUCAAAGAAAGAUUAAUUAACAGUUGCUGGCAGUCCCGAAGAAGUGAACACUAUGCAAAAGAUUAAUAACUGGAAAUUGAAAACUGGUAACUAAAAGAAAUUCGUUUUAACACUGAUAAGUGCAAAAUACUUUCGGAAUGAAAAUUGUGAUUUUAAAUACUGCAUUACGGAAUUGUUUUUGAGACUAAACCUAAAUAGCAUAGUUAAAUUUUUAUACUCUUAACUCAAAUAUCUGCGUAUCGAAAAUGUAUAUGCAUGUGUAUUUAUAUCAAUCAUUGUCUCAGCGCCAAGCGCACCUCAUCGGAGAUCAAUGCGAUUUAGAUAAAUUUUUUGUAAUAUCUUCAUCAACCUUAAUAAAGUGGACUUUUUGGCAAA